AAAAAAAAAAAAAAAAAAAAUUGCACGCUAUAAAACAAAGUAGAUUAACACAAACAAUAUUUAAUAUGAUCAAAUUAUACCUAAAUAUCUAAGUAAAAAGGGGAAAUAAAACAACAAAAGAAAACCUAAAAAGAAAGAAAGAAAAUAGUGGCGAGUCGACUCCUUUAAAAAAGAAAACCAUACACUUUAGUUGGUCUACUGUGUAAAACACUGGCUGAGUGUGUGUCGGUCGUUCCUGCCACAGUCUGACACUUAUCCUGACACAAACAAACAGAACAUUCACCAUUGUAGAGAGCUCAGGCUACUGGACUGAGCUCUUGCUGUUGUUCAAAAUAAAAAUAAAUAAAGAAAACAACUUUGGACGUGUCUCCUUCAGCGUAAUAUAAAUAAUAAAGAUAAAUCAGCAGUAAAUUCCAUCAGUGUAAAUCAGUCUUUACGUAAAUUGUUUUUUCUUUUUCUCUUUUUUUUCCUCUUCUUUUUUUCGGUCUAGCGGCUCAGAAAAACGGGUCGAUCGGAGGACUGUAAUAAUUCUACGGAUCGUUAUUAUUCACUUCACUGCAUCAUGAAGAGAGCAUUUUUACUCUUUCUGUUCCCGGUAUUCGCUAUCGGUGUGUUUGGUGAGUCAGUGUCAGUGAAGGAGGGAGAUUCAGUCACUCUUCACACUGAUGUUACUGACAUAAAGACAGAUGAUGAAAUUGAAUGGAGGUUUAACUCCACCCGCAUAGCUAGAGUGACUGGGAACAAUGCUAUAUAUGAUGAAGAUGUGAAGUUCAAGGACAGACUGCAGCUUAACAUUCAGACUGGAGAUCUCAAGAUCUCAAACUUCAGAAUCACAGACUCUGGACUUUAUAAGUUUGAGAUCAACAGCCCCAGAGUGUCCUCAGAGAAGACAUUCGGUGUCAGUGGUGUGAGUUAUACUGGAGUGAAGUCACUGUCAGUGCUGGUGGGAGAUUCAGUCUCUCUACACUCUGGUGUCCCUGAACUACAAAGAGAUGAUGUGAUACGAUGGAGGUUUGAACAUCAAAACACUCCUGUAGCUGAAAUCAAUAGAAAGGUUGGAAUCUUCAAAACACAUGAUGGUCCUGAUGGGAGAUUCAGAGACAGACUACAGCUGGACUAUUGGACUGGAUCUCUGACCAUCAGGGACAUUGGAACCAGUCACUCUGGAGUUUAUGAAGUUGACAUCAGGAGCGGCAGCAGUGGAUACACCACACACAAAUCAUUCAAUGUGACUGUCAGCGAUGCAGUGAAGUCAGUGUCAGUGACGAAGGGAGGAACUGUUACUCUACAUAUUAAUGUUACUGAAAUACAGAAAGAUGAUCUGAUACAGUGGAUAUUUGGAGAUAUUAAACUAGCUGAAAUCCUUAAAGCAGACCAACGAUUCUCCACAUAUGAUGGUGCUGAUGAGAGAUUCAGAGACAGACUGCAGCUGGACAAUCAGACUGGAUCUCUGAUCAUCACAAACACCAGAACCACAGACUCUGGACUUUAUGAACUGAAGAUCAGAAGCAGCAGACGCACCAUAAACAGGAGAAUCACUGUUACUGUCACUGGUGAGUAGAUCAAUUCUGUCAGUGUAAAAUUUAUCUGAUUUAAA